UUAUACUAAUUACCUUGCUAUUUUAGGCCUAUGUCACAAUUUAGGAAGGAAAUACAAUUUUUAGGCUAUAUUGAAUCAAUAUUCACGACAUUAAUUAAAAGAGGAAUUUAUUUUUCAGAAAUGAAUUCUGCAGCUGUUAUAUCUUAGUAUUUUCUCAAUGAUGGGUUAGGGAAUGUUUUGGAUUAGCAAAACAUUAGAUAGUUUAAUUGUUUAAAAAGAUUUUAAGAUUAAUUUUGUUUAAAGAAUUGGAAAAAUGAUGAAACCAGCAGCAAUAAAUAAUAGGAAUUGAAAAUGAUAAACUACCAAAGAAAAUGGCUCAUCAUAUACUUUGCACAAUGAAUUAUGAAAAUGAAAUAUUUUAAUCUUAUCAAGAUUCUGAUAGAAUAUUUUGGUUGACAAGAUAGAAAAAAUUAAAUAGGUUCAACUCUUAUUACCUGGUCUUGUAAAGUAAAGAGUCAUUCAAUAGGAG